GACAAUUUCAAAUUUCAAACUGACACUUCCGAAAUGUUAGUGACAUAAAUCCAUUCAAACUCAAUUCCUGUUCAGUUUGUUUUAUUCACAAGUCUAAUUUCCGUUUUGUGCUCCUUCUUUUUUUUUAACCCGGCAAAAGUGCUUAAAAAUGUCCGUUUUCAAAACCCUAUUUUCCAAUCCGAAAAGCUCCCUCGCCUACUACAAUACUCCCAAAGGAAAACCGCUGAAUAGGAACAAUGUACGAAGAAUUGGUGUUAGAGAUGUACCACGCAUGACUUCUUUGAGGAAUUCUAUAACAGAUAAGCUGUUCGGUGAUGCAGAUAUCUAUGACAUAGUAUACAAUUCUUGUUUGUCGCUAGGCAUAGAAGAUGAGGGUAGAUUGAUAGGUGUAGUAUGUUUGAACGAUUAUCCAAAUAUCAAGUCACUGCCCAGUUGGUCUUGGGACGGUUGGAUGAAAACCACGUUUGGUGUGGACACGAUGACAACAGUGAAUUCGAAAUGGAUACAGCUUUUGCUGUUCGACAUGAGCUAUAUGACGAACUUUCUCACACCAAUACUGGAAACUUUAUUUUUGGAUCACAGAAAAAUUAGUAUUGUGGCUCUUGCUAUACCACCGAACAUCAAGGCGACCCCUUUUUUGACAGAAUAUUCUUCGAGGAUACCGCCAAGGGAUAAUUUCUCACUCCAAACGACGACCACCGUGAGCCUGCUAUUGAAAAAAGAUUUUUUUCGAAACUACAGAAUAAGAAAGGCUGUUGAAGAGGAUAACGAUGAUAUAGUUUCAAUAAUACAUCGUUACUCAAGCACCUUCAAAGAAUUAUAUGGGGAAUACUUCAUAUCCGAACUUCUUACAAGGGUUGAAGGUACCAAUAGACAUGUAAUAGUUGCCGAAUACAAUGGUUAUGCGGUGGCUGUGAUGAUUCUCAAUAAAACCGUCAAUUAUGACGUUUUGAACGAAUCCUUCGAAGUAGGAGUUUUUCAUUCCUUCAAGACUCCUCAUGCGGAAGACGAAUACACACUUCCAGCAGAAACCUUUCGUCCAGCUUACGCGUUUUUUGAAGAAUCUAGUAUGGAAAUAGUCCCGUUUGACAAAGCUUCGAUAGCAUCAUCAGAAGAAGAAGAGGAGGAUGGCUAUGUGCCAAGCCGUUCGGAAAGCGGUUCGAUCGGCAAAUUCUACUCCAGUUCUGAAAGUAGUAGCGAAGAAUCCUGGACAAUAGAUCCUUCGAUAGACCUCUCUCUGAUGCUGGUCCAUAGGGAAGAUUCCGUAUUCGAUUUCAACGACUACUUCACCGUAGAAAGUCAUGCAAGUUUGUUGUCUACCAGGCUGUUGAAUACUGACGAUUAUGCUCGACCUAGUCAACAGAAGGGGAGACUGUCUACGUGUUCGUCUUCCUCUGAGAUAAAGCCUGUUGUACAAGAAAAGCUCAAAAAGACCAUGCCCUUACCUGGAUUCUUCGGACGAGACGACGCCUUCGCCCUAGAGGUCCUGGUGUCCCAUCCUGACCACGAAUCGUCCAAAGAAGUCCUACUGGGCGCCGCUUUCGAAUGUUUUCCCAAAAGGAACUACUGCGUGAUGUGCGUGCCCUCCAUAGAACACCCCACUGAUUUCCUUAAGGAAUUCGUCAGGGUGACUCCAAGAAGCAUGAGCACCUUUCCACACGAGCUCUUCGUGCGACACCGAAACUCCAUGGAUUGUGCGAUGAACGUCAGAAUCAGUAUUGCUGGUGAUAAACCCUUCGUUCGGGAGUUUCUCGAACAGAUGCUCAAACCCGGUGACGUGCUCAGGCAGUACGAACAUUCAUUGCGUGACGAAGAGAGCCGAUACAUUUCCCUGAUAAUGACAUGCGAAAGACAAGUGGUAGGGCUGGCAAUUGUUAGUCAAAAAGUCAACAUGGACUACCUUUACGCUCAUUUCACCCUCUACAAAUGGACAGACGAAAUGAAGCAUAACAGCGACACUGUGGCCAUGCUGGAAAAUUUCCUCAUUUAUCCCGUGUUCCAAAAGUACUGCAGAUAUUUCCUAAACGAAAUACUGAGAUUAGCCGAUUUCACUCUGUUGGUAUACCUAGUGUCUCCAGAAGACCUAGACGGCUGCAUGAAGGAUUAUCCUCUUCUCAACUGCCUUCAGUAUCUAGUGCCGGUGGCGCCAAGACUCAUGCCUGUGUACGAUCCUGCCUUUAGUGACGAGGCUUGUCUUCCACCGCCAUUUGUAUCGGAGCCUGGCGAGGUACUGUCCCUCUUCAUUGCAUCCACGAGAUUGUCCGGCGUCAAGAGGGUGGAGAUCAACACUCGGAUAGUGGUUGUCGGUAGUGGAGACACGGCCUUAUCAUUUUUGGAAACGCUCGUUUUUGGUUCAGAUCCAGACUUGCUGGUGACAUUCAACAACAUAACAGUUGUGUCUCCACACGGCUUACCCUUCUACAAAGAAGUGUCGAAAGGUCGGAAUCUGUUUCAAAUCAACAGAGGAAGCACGGUGUACAAACUGAUCCUGAACAUGAACCUCCGCAUAUACGUCAACACUGUCCACGGCGUGGUGAACAGGAUAAGGAGGCAGAAGAAGAUCGUCAUCGUGAACGAGGUGACCAGUCUCUGCUACGACUAUCUGGUGCUGUUCUGUGGUGAACAAUAUCGGGUGCCCAAGCUGGAAUUCAAGGCGAGAAAAAAAUUGUCGGAUUUUCCAGACAAUGCGUUCAUGAUCAACACCGACAACGAUAUCGUCCAGGUGUUCAACAGGAUAAGAAAACAGAAGAGAGAGUUUAUGGACUGGAGACGCAUGGGAGAUGAACGCAUCGUCAUAUAUGGUAAGGACAUGAGAGCCAUCGCCUGCUUGGGAGCUCUUAUCGAGUACGGAAUACCAACCUCACUUCUGGUUCUGGUCGAGCCUACCGCCAUCCAGAACAUCAACAGUGAAUCGAUGAAAGCAUCCAAUCUCCAUUUUCCGGAUCCAGAGAUAUCGGAAGCUAUAGACAGACUGAUCAUGAAGCUAGGGGUUAAGUUAUACAGGGGGUACAAAUUGAGGGAUUGGGAGACGAAUGAAGAGGAUAAGAUUACCCACAUAGAGAUAAAUUCCAAAUCUACCUCGGUCCGACUCAGAUGCAGAUUCCUAUUCUUGUACGCAGAGAAGAGCAUAAGUAACAAGACUUAUCAGGCGAUUUAUAAGGCUGGCUUGGUUUUCGAUGGUAAGCUGAUAAUCGACUGCAACUUCCGCACGAACGACCCCUUCAUCUUUGCGGCCGGCACUUUGACUCAGUACUCCAAGAAGUACCACGCGGAACACAUGAGCCACAGGUACUACAACGCGCACGAAGUGGGCGAGACCAUCGGCCGUCAGUUUCGCACCAUGCUCAUUCCCGAAAGCCUGAGGAAGUUCGAGAGGGGCGAUAAGUCCAGGCAGGUGACGAAGCAGAUAGGCGUUCUGCCGCAUUUCCACGAGCCCAUCGUCGAGCACUGCCUGUUGCCCGGUGGGGUCUUCUACCUGAACAUCAAGGCGCCUGGGAGGCAGGUACCGGUGGAGAUAGAGAUGACGUCGGACGAUUAUGGUCAACUUCUCGUUACCGGAGACUUCGAACAUUUGGAACGCCAGGGAUAUUUCAGACUGCACAUCAAUCGUUUGAAGACCGUGGAAUCCAUAAGUUGCCUCAGCAAACAGCCUUUGGACAUAGAGAAUCUCAUCAGUUUAUGGGGUAAAGAUGUGAUGGUGUUGAAUGAUCUCCUGGUGAGAUUUGAGAUGGGAGUCAUCAACGAUUUCUUCGAGUUCUUCAAGGAGCCCUGGCUUUGUGGAAUCGUUUACGAUAAGUUCCCACAGCUUAUGGACGAGGUCAGAGAGAUGUUCUCGGAUAGAGAGAUGGAAGAUGGUCAAACUAUGUCUGAAAUCAUUACAGAGUACUUCGAAAAGAAUAGGUGGAGCUUGCUGACGGAUAGGCAAAACUACGAAAUAAGCUGCAUACUUCGAGACAGUACUGUUAUCAAUGAAAUCGAAGAAAAAGUGCUCGAAUAUAUUCAGAGAAACAGAAUACAUCUGCCCAUGUUUGCGUAUCCAAGCCUGGUACAGAGAAUAUUAGAGAAUCACCGGACAAGUCCCAUGUUCACGAAAUAAAAUAACUAAAUAUACUUAGAUUGUCAGGUUUUAAUAAGGUGUAUUAUCAAUUGCUUGUAUUUAUCCCGUGUUCAAAAUAGUAUAUGCAACAUCCAAAUAAAGUGUGUAAUAUAAAUACAUUCAAUAGCAAAACGUU